AUGGCACAUGAAAAAGGACAAACCAUAGUGUUACAUUCACCUGUUGUUAACCAUGCGGAGGGAUUUGACAGAUAUAAAUCUGAUGAGUUACCACAUGAAGCAGGUUUUGACGCGUAUAUGUGCGGAGUUGUAUUUCUGAGAGUUGGUCAUAUACUGACAUUCAAAGAUAAUAAGUCCUCAGAAGUUAUACCAUGUAUGUUCAGAAGAUAUUUACAAACAUUAGAAAAGAAAAGAAACAAAAUCAACGUAAUUAGAGCUACUAUAAAUCAUAUUAACUUAGAAGGUGACGACCAUAAAUCAAUAAGACCAGAGCUGCUGUAUGUACGUGGGAGAAUGUUUAAACAAAAAUUAAACAUUGAUCAGUUAGCAAAGUGGUUCUCCCCCUAUGGAAAUGUUGAUGUGAAAGCAUAUGGCCAAAAUAAAGCAUUGGUUGCUACAUCAAACCACUACUGUGCCAAAGAUAUUUUACGAGCAUUUAAACAGCACAACACAAUAUAUGUGACAUAUUAUAGUGUAUGGAAACACUCUCCCGUUGCCAGGGGACUUUUGUGGUAAGUUUCUGUCUUUACAAAGUAUCAGAUAAUUUUCUAAUCUAGUUACUAGUGGUAAAUGUAUGUCAUAUGUUGAGGUUCGAACCGGAAAUUUCCUGUAUAUUGUACCAUGUUUAAGUUAAAAUGUUUUACGUCAUCAAAUUAACAUUUCUCAGAUAUUCUGGCAUUUCAUACGCUUCUAUCUUCUUAUACAAGCGUAUUAAUUUACUUCAUAACAGCAAAAUAAUGCAUAAUAUCUUCCCUCUAUUAAAAUAAUUCCAUUUACUAUUGCUGCGUCUUAUUUUGUAUAUAACAGUCUUGAAACUAUUUUUCAUUUACAUAUAUAAGACAUUAAAAUGAAUGUAUGGCUUAGAUAUAGUAAUACUGCAACUAUGUAUGUAUCAUCCAUCUCUAUUACCAACUUAUUUUGAAUUUGUAAUUAAUU